AUGGCAGCAAUCAACGACGAGAGUUUACCUCGAGGCAAUAACAGCGGUUCCGAAAGUUCUCGGAACGCGAGAGCAGCCGCAGCUGAAGUUGGACAGAUCAGAGAGCUGAGCGGGAGAGAAGGCAGGAUCACUGUCUUUUCAGAUCUGAGCACCACCGCGUUCACUUUGACAAGAUUUAUUCUCGGAAUCAGUGGAGUCAGGAGCGACUUUGAUCUCAACUUUGACCUCGAGUUCGAACUGAAGCUCGACCGCACAGACAUCGCGGAUCGCUGGCUAUGCUGUCUCCUCUCGCUUUCCGCACUCUCUUCUCGACAACGCUUGACCUCAAGCGCCUUCAGCACCCGGUCAAGAGGGCCGCGCUCCUCCUUGCGCACCCUGCGCUCGAAGAGCUACGAGGUGACCGGUGUAAUAUCCUUCGGUCUCUCCCAGCCCCGCUCACCAGGGCUACGUUCGUCCUCCUCGAGGGCGUACUGCACCUGCUACUUGUCGAGGGUGACGCAGAGACAAGCAAGGCCCAAAAGGACGCUGUUCUCGUGGUUGGUAGCCUGCGUCACCGAGUUUGCAAGGGCCAGAUCGAUGCGCCAGAUCCGCUCUGACGCAACCACACUCGCUCCGCCCCCUCGUCGUCGGCUUCGUUCCGGCGAUGGUGCGACCGUGAGUAGGAGCGAUCACAACUUUCUGCAUCUGUUGCCUCUGUCAUCAGCAGAAACAUCCUCCAAGCUCUUCUCGCGCCAGCAACAAGUGCGACCUCGCUAG